AUCAACGCCAUGGAAGAAUCGGAAGCAAACAAUGUCGUCGUGUUCUUCGUCAACGGUUCCAAGAUCACAGAACCGAACCCGGACCCUGAGAUGACCCUUCUGACGUACAUCCGGACUCGACUCCGCCUGACGGGAAGUAAGCUGGGCUGUGGUGAGGGAGGAUGUGGUGCGUGCACAGUCAUGGUGUCCAAGUACCUACCAGAACAGGACACGGUGGCUCACUUCAGCGUGAACGCCUGUCUAGCCCCUGUGUGCUCAAUGCACGGGCUGGCUGUGACGACAGUGGAAGGAAUUGGCAGCCUGAACAAUUUGCACCCUGUACAGGAAAGAAUUGCCAAGUUCCAUGGCUCCCAGUGCGGUUUCUGCACCCCUGGUAUAGUGAUGUCCAUGUACACCUUGCUGAGAAACAACCCGAGGCCCACAGUGCGGGAGAUGGAGAAGUACUUCGACGGGAAUCUGUGCCGCUGCACCGGCUAUCGACCAAUCCUCGACGGGUUUCGAACUUUCACCAAGGAAUAUCAGUGUCCAAUGGGAGAGUCGUGUUGCCGUAAUGGGGCUGACACAGUGCUGGAUGACGGACAGGGUCUUGCCCCACGGAUUGCUGAUCUGAAACCUUUCAGCCCAGACCAAGAACCCAUCUUUCCACCAGACCUGAAGGUGAAUCACAACACGUACAAGGGGAAAACUCUCGUGUUCAAGGGAGCCGGCGCCACCUGGAUCCAACCCCGCACCCUGCAGGAACUUGUAGAACUGAAAGCUCUACACCCAGAUGCGAAGAUCGUCGUUGGAAACACAGAAAUUGGAAUCGAAACGAAGUUCAAGAACAUGAGGUACAGGACGCUGCUGUGUCCCACACACAUCCCGGAACUGUCGUGUGUUGUCGUGAGUGACCUAGGUGUGACGGUGGGUGGGGCUGUCACGCUCACACAGCUCAACGACCAACUACAGCGACUGGUGGACACCUUGCCAGAAUACAAAACCAGGACGUUUGCUGCUGUUAUUGAGAUGCUCAGGUGGUUCGCAAGUCACCAGAUAAGAAAUGUUGCAUCCGUGUGUGGAAACGUCCUGACCGCCAGCCCUAUCUCUGACCUUAACCCUCUGCUCCUGGCUGCCGGCGCCACUCUUUCACUCCUCUCAAAAGAGAGAGGACCUCGUACGGUGCCGAUGGACAACACAUUUUUCCAAGGUUAUCGUAAAACAGCUGUGGCCAUUGAUGAGGUCCUUGUGUCCAUCACCAUUCCUUUCACGGAUGAGCGUGAGUACUUGGCGGGCUACAAGCAGGCUACACGAAAAGAGGACGACAUCUCUCUGGUGAACGCAGGGCUCCGGGUAGUUCUGUCCGCGGACAACAAAGUCACGUCAGCCACUCUGGCGUUUGGAGGCAUGGGGGAGACUACUCUGCUGGCGGAGACAACUAUGGCUGGGCUACUCGGCAAGGAAUGGAAUGAAGGCCUCAUUGCCGAGACAAACGAGCUUCUGGCCAGUGACCUCCCACUAGUCCCGGGCUCGCCAGGCGGAGUGGUGGAGUACAGACGUGCUCUAGCUCUCAGCUUCUUCUUCAAGUUCUUCAUCAAAGUCAGGCAGCAAAUUGAUGGAAGUGUGCUUGCCUCUGAACUGAGCGCCAUAGAGGAUUUGGAGCAGCCCACUAGCCAGUCCAUGCAGGUGUACGGAGGUACAGACAGUCGUGAGUCGGGACUAGAGUGUGUGGGUCAACCGUUACACCACCGGUCAGCACUGCAGCAGAGCACAGGCCAGGCGUUGUUCCUGGACGACUUGCCACCAGCGGCCGACGAGCUUCACAUGUACCUGGUCUCCAGCACCAGGCCUCACGCCAGGAUUGUGUCCGUUGAUCCGUCGUCUGCCCUGCUGUGUCCCGGAGUCGUUGAUUACGUCAGUGACAGGGAUGUCCCUGGGGACAACACGCUACACUCCGUCAUGGACACUGUGUUUGCCCGAGAUGAGGUGACCAGCCAUGGUCAGAUCAUCGGGGCUGUGGUGGCAGACAGUCAGGAGAGGGCGCGGGAGGCUGCCAGGCUGGUCAAAGUACAGUACGAGGACUUGGAGACGAUUGUCACCAUACAGGAAGCCAUUCAACACAAUUCCUAUUUGACCAAGCCAAUACUGGUGAGCACGGGGGAUGUGGAAGAAGGCUUCCGUCAGUGUGAGCACAUUCUGCACGGCGAAACGCACGUGAAUGGGCAGUACCAUUUCUACAUGGAGACGAACGUGUGUCGUGCUGUGCCGGGGGAGAAUGGGGAGAUAGAGCUCACCUCUGCCUCUCAGAACUUGGCAGAAGUUCAGAGCUUGGUCGCUGGUGCUCUUGGGGUUCCCAACAACAAAGUAACCGUGAGGACCAAGCGACUCGGAGGUGGAUUUGGCGGGAAGGAGAGCCAAAGUGGCUUACUAGCGGCCCCGGUGGCAGUCGCAGCAGUCAAACUAGGCAGGACUGUCCGCUGUGUUCUGGACAGAGAUGAUGACAUGAUCGUGACAGGCAACAGACACCCCUACCUGGGACAAUACACAUCUGGUGCCCUGGUACACAUUUAUCGUGACGGUUCCGUCCUCGUUUCCCACGGCGGGGUGGAGAUGGGACAAGGCUUGCACACCAAACUCAUACAGGAUGCUUGUCAAAAGCUCAAAGCGCGGCUGGCGCCAAUCGUGAAGAAAAGGCCAAAUGGUUCAUGGGACCAGUGGGUCACAGACGCCUACAUGGACUGCACGAGUCUGUCUGCCACUGGUUUCUAUACCAUUAACCCUGCCAUAGACGUGGGGCAGAUAGAAGGAGCUUUUGUACAGGGCUAUGGAAUGUACAUGUUGGAAGAGAUCAAAGUGACCCCUGACGGCGUCCACCUGACCAAGGGACCCGGGAACUACAAGAUCCCCGCCUUCGGCGACAUCCCAGGACAGUUCAACGUCCACAUUGUUCCACACAGCCUCAACCCGAACAAUGUGUUUGCUUCAAGGGGUCUGAACGAGCCCCCUCUACUUCUCGCCAUGUCCGUGUUUCUCGCUGUCAAGGACGCCAUCAGGGCAGCCAGGAGAGACAACUCUGCUGACCCAAAGUUUCAGCUCUUCAGUCCAGCUACUCCCGCUCGUAUACGAAUGGCUUGCAAAGACGUGAUCAGCAGUCAGUUCCCCGAGCCAGAGGCCGAGAGUUACAAGCCGUGGUUCGUUAACUUGUGAAGGGCCACACAACCACCGACAGAACUGACCCUAAGGCAAGGAAUCUUUGCCCAUGGAAUGGAGGUUAUACAAUAAAAUGGAGACUGCACCGGCCGCACUAAAGGGAAUCUGUCAGUCUGUGUGUCUGUCUGCCUCUCUCAUGCUCAAAACGAACAUAAGUUAGUAGUGGUAGAGAAUCUUUGGUUGCGCUAUGUUCUAAGAUCUUUGUCCCAAGGACACCCUACGGACUACAGUUGCGGAUCAAGGAAAGAAAGUCACAUGAUAAGCUUUGAGAUUUUAAGAACAGAGUAAUCCUCAGUUGAUGGGCAAACCCGAGGAUACUGGUACUGAUGCCUUGGGCAAACCACGUAGGUGGGCGGAAAGGGGUGGGUGAGGAAGGGGGUUGAGGGAAGGGGGGUGUUCUGACAUUGAGAAAUGCUUCCUGUGCGACUAGGCGUAUUUUCCUAGUCAAGGAAGCAAACACCGGGGUGGGGAGAGCGAGGGGCAAUUCAGCGUCUGUGUGUAGCUGUGACUGUUUGGUGCUUCGAUGUCACACGCAGGAGAUCAGAGAGAUCGACUCCCGAGUGGGAAAAUUUUGUUUGUAUCGAGUGUCUCAAUUUUUCUGUGGGGAUGUUGUAUCUCUCUCACUCUCAGCCCAGGUUGGUCCCGAGGGCAGGUUUGGAAGUCUGCCUCCUAAAUGAUCUACUAAAUUGUGUGUCUGAGUGUCUUUGUACGGGCAUGUGCACAUGUGAGUGGUGUGCUUGGUACGUAGGCUAUGUGUCUUGUUAUUCAGAUGAUGGGAACCAGGUGCUCCUGUGGUGUUUCUAUUAGUAGAAAACGAAAUAAACAGAAAACAUAAUCUUAUAUCGGUAUUGUACAUA